GUGCAACGACCGAUAGCUCCGCGUUCGUUUUGGAUUCGACGGAUUCCUUAUGAUAGUUUUCGUAUUGAGGGAUUGCGAUGUCUGAGGUUUUAUUGAAUGACUCGGCUGUUAAGCAGGAGUAUUUUGAAGACGAAGAGAGUCUUCUGAAAAGUGAUGUAUUUGAUUCUGUACCUGAAACACUAUCAGGUGAAUUGACUGAGAUCGGCUUCGACAACGGAUGUCCUGGUGUUGUUGGUCGUGAUCCUUACGGCGACCUAUUUUUAAUGGAUCCUAAUGACCUUCUCGGUGUAAGGGAAGAAGUUAUUGGAAAUGACACAAGUAACAGCCCGGAAAGUGUACCUGUAUGUGAUUCCACUAUAGCUACGGCGGAUGAAUCUAACGACUCUUCUAAUGAACGUGUCAAUUUAAAGCGGAAAAAGACGAAAAAUCGACACAUUAACUUAACUAAGCAGGAACCAGACAAUCGUGAGCCUUCGGAUCCGGACGAUGGGGCGCAAAAUAUAAAGUACUCACGUUCUAAACUUCCAUACACCCAUCAAUCAAUAAAAGUUGACCCUGAAACUGACUUGGGAAAUCUGCCGUAUGUCGUAUAUGGCAACGCAGUUGAAGGUUUUAAUGGGAAAAGCUUUUUGUUUAAUCGCCGGUACUCUUCAUCUGCUGGUCACAAACAAAUUCAUAUCUUGCAUGGACAACCACGUUAUCGGCGCCAUUUCCCUUUGGGUGCCAGUGGAACAAUUGGAACUCGAUUGCUUCCUCAAACUUAUCGUUUCGGUGGUUCACAGUCAUUCCAAGGACAUUCUCGUGUAACUUUCAAGCGUUUACCACAAUCGAUUAUCCGACCUAGUAUGGAUGAAUCUGAGACAUUGUUUGUCGCAAGUCCUCGAUUUAAUGUUGCCAAUGUCAUUAAAAAUGAUACGUUUACACCUAGUGGAUCAGUUUUGACAGUUCUCAGUCCAAAUGCAAAACAUCAAACAGUGGCAUGUCAGAACAACCAACUACCCACUAUAGCCCCUGCUCCAGGAUGUUUGGAAUCCUCUGGAUCUAAUGACAUUAAUCCACCUGUUGUGUACGGAUCCUCGAACUCUAGCAAUAUGCUUCGUACGGUGCCGUGCCCACAUAAAGGUUGUGGAAAGCUUUUUCGUGACAAUUCUGCUAUGCGCAAGCAUUUGCAUACACACGGUCCACGGGUACAUGUUUGUGCUGAGUGCGGAAAAGCAUUUGUUGAAUCUAGCAAAUUAAAAAGACAUCAACUAGUUCAUACUGGUGAAAAGCCUUUCCAAUGCAACUUUGAGGGUUGUGGCAAGCGUUUUUCAUUGGAUUUCAAUUUACGUACACAUGUACGUAUACAUACUGGUGAUCGUCCUUACAUAUGCCCCUUUGAGAACUGUCAUAAACGCUUUGCUCAAUCAACAAAUUUAAAGUCUCAUAUUAUGACACAUGCCAAGGUCAGAUACCGAGGUCCUCGUAGCUCUUCAACAACUUCACAAACGCCCGGCUACUUCUCUGAACUUGAUGAACUGCCAAUUUCUCAGCAGGCUUCGGUUGCCGAUAAUGUUAAUGAUUCGAAUAAACCCUAUCCUACUCCAGAUAAUGACGGAGAAAAUAAUGUACAAGUUAAAAGUACAUCUCCUUUUAUGGUAACCUCAUCUAAUUCUUCCAACUCAAAACCAACUUAUAUAAAGGCUCCUCGAGGUUAUACUCGUCCAACCUCUGCAUCACGAUAUACUGCUCAUGAAUUGCCCCCACCUCCAUAUACGAUUGAUGAAACACCCUUAUCUGUAUCCACAGGCUCCAAAUGUGAAUUGCGAAAUGACCCGUACAUUAUAGUACCAAAAUAUACAUCCGGCAGGCGAAAACAUUCCAAAUCAUUUGUCAAUCCUAAUGAAGAUGAUAUUGAUGACGAUAAUGACGAAGGUGAAGUAGAAGAGGAAGAUUGUUUUAUAAAACAAGAAUUCGAUCGUAGUUUCAUAUUAUCGGAUCCAGGUAUGGGUUCCGCAUUGUUCGUUGAUCCUGCACAAGAAGAUCGUGAAAUGAUAUGGCGUACUAAUGAAUAUCCCACUUUAGAUCGUCUACAUUUAUCCAAUUCAUUCGGAAACUCAAACCACCAACCUAUCAUUAUGUGCACGCGAGAUCAACGUCGCAGGAUAAUUCAACAAAGUAAUAUUAUGCCGGAUUACAUUUUGUGUCGUCAACAAACAAUACCUAUCUUAAGAUUACCUACUCCUGCACGUACAGUGGUAUCUUUAGGACGACCACAGCAGCAGUCCUGACAUGUUUUCCAUACUAGUACCAAUUUUCAGCCAGUCUUACUGUUCUCGUUCCAAGAUCUCGUCUUUUCCUCUGUCUUGCUAAAUACAAUGAGUUCAAAGUAGGGAUUUAACAUUACUACUUUUGCAACCACACAAUUAAGCCUUAAACUCAUGUCUUGUUAACUAUAGCAGUUUUCGUGCGCUUACAGCGCAUCUUGUACAUUCACUGUUUCCACAACCUAUUGAGUUGUCUCAGUUUAUUUUGUCAAAUUAGUUUCAUUGUUCCUGAACUGUCCCUUUAGCAUAAAAUUGUACAAAACGAAAUCGACUUAUCUGGUCCUUUUUACAGAAAUCUAAAUGCUUGACACUAAUAUACUGUUUAUUGCCGAUUAUUCUUUCCAAACACUUCAUUGAAUUUACUGGUUAUUUCCUGCGCCUACAUGUUUUGAAUCUUUUAAUGUUUUCCCAGUGAGGUAAAUCGUGUAGUGCCCGAGGGAACUCUUUUUUAGUCUUCUAUGUAUACAGUUGUUUUUCAUGUACAGACUUUCGGAUAAUCUGUGAUUUUUUUGAUGAUGUAUGGUUGUGGGGUCGAUUCAUAUUUUCGACUCCUUGCAGUAAUAUUUAUUGUACCACAUAAUAUUUCAUUCCUAAACAAUAAGAAUAAUCAAACUAUUUUAUGACUCGUACUAAACAAAUUAUCACUUUGUUGUUUCCUCUGAACAUACGUCGUCACAGUAUGUUCGCGCUUUGGGAAAAUACUUUGUCUUUACUCAUCAUUUUUUAACUGAAUAUUUUGCAGUUAUUUUAACAUGACUCUGUACAGUGAAAGUUCGUACUGCAUAUCUUUAUACCCGUCUUACUUGAUCACUUAUUACAAUAUUUCGUAUUUAGCUCUGUGAUGAUCCAAAAGUUGAAACAACCUUAAUCAUUUAAACCCUGUGUAUUGUCACGUAGUGCUAUGAAGUAGUCAUUCUUCAUUGAGUUUUUUUAGGCAACUGCCGGUGGAAUCAAACUGAUGAAUAUAGUCUUAUGUUGAACCAAAUGAGUUCAUUUUCACCUCAGAAAGAACCUAACAUAAAUCCAAAUGAUAUUGGCGCCGCUUGGUUAUUUGCGGCUCACUCUGAGGUUUUAAGUCUCUAGGAAAUUAGGUUCCUGGCAAAUCUAGUCUCAUUGAUUCCAAACUACGGUGUUUUUUAAGAAGACCACUGGCUGGAUAUAAUCAUCAUAUGAUUAUGUGGAUUGCACAAAAGCAACUGUUAAGAGAUACGAAUAUAUUGUCACUUUCAUAGAACGUAAAGGAUCUACAACUCGAGAUUUCUCUCUUCAGCACAGAAAAUCGUAAAUAUGCAUGUUAGGCACGGGUAAAUACGCAACUCUUGUUGAAAUUGAUGCUAGUGCAGACGUAACCUGUGUAUAAGUGUUUUUUUGUGAGAAUGCUGUUGACUAGUUAAACUCCUGAGAUGGUGGAAAAGACUGGCGGUACGUAGUGAUGCCUUCUAAUGCUCUUUAUUUUCGGAGUCGGAAGAUUUCUAGAAAUCAGUAAAUAUCCUAACGCAGACCCAAUCCAAACCAAUUAAAUUAUGAAGAGCUAUACAAUCAAUAAUCAAACCAUAGGGAAGGACCAUCUGGAAAAUGCAGACUGUGCUGUCAAGUAUGUCAACGGCACGAGCCGUUAGUCCCCUCGUGAAAAGAUUGUAAUAAGUCACUUCUCAUAAAGCUUGUUUUGACAUUGUCCAGAAAUAAUGAAAACUGCACAACAGAACUACAACUUGGAGAAUGAAUAUCUUUCCUAUGACAAGUCAAUACUAUUAAGGGAGAAUGCAAACAGGUUUGGAUCUCAAGAAUCGAGCUAAUGGAUAAAAUGUUGGAAGUGUUAUAACUGUGGGCACUGACUUUCAACUGAGUGGAUGCUAUUGAUCCCGAAAAGACCAUGUCUACACUUGUGCUGACCACGCAGCUUGGUGCUAUGGAAGAAAAGUGUGACGUCCAAAAUGUUUUUGUAUAAUGCAUUCGUAAUUUCCAUAGAUUUUUAAUGGGUCCAUUUACUCAGUUUUCUGCGCCAAGUAAAAGGCAGUUCUAAUGCCAAGUGACAAUUAUUUAUAACUAGAGGCACGAUAUAUGUGCCAGUAUUAAAGAUUUUAAACGCAACUUAAAGCCUUCAGGUAUUUCACGAUGGCACCAAACUGUUGAGUCGAAUGUUUUCAAUUUUAUAACAGACUUAUAAAAUCUGUUGGUUACAUAAAGUGAGCUUGUGUAUAGUACCUCAGUUUUCUUAUAAUACCAUUCAAAAAAAGAAAGAUGUUUUGG